AUGGAAGAGUUUCGGAUUGCCGUGAGAACAUAUGGUGCUCUUAACGGUUACAAUUUGAAGUUCAAGUGUAAUGAUAGAAAACGAGCUCAAGGAGUUUGCAAAGUGGGAUGUAAUUGGAGGAUUUGGGCCUCAAAGCUGGGUUCGAAUGAGAUAGUACAGGUGAAGUCUUACACACCAGAGCAUACAUGCACACGUAGCCAAAAUAAUAGACAUUGCAACUAUAUCUUCUUGACAAAUAAGUACCUUGAACAAUUUAAGGCAGACCCUGAUUGGAAAACAAAAUCCAUUUUGGCUAUUGUGAAAGACGAUUUGAAAAUAGAGAUAAGUAGAAAUGUGGCCAACAAGAUGAGAAAAUAUGCGAAGGAAUUGUUAUUUGGAACCAUGGAAGAACAAUUCGGACUCCUAAGACGAUAUGCUGCGGAGGUACUUAGGUCGAAUACGGGGUCAACAGUUAUGAUAUCCUUACAUGAGCAAGUUUUCAAAGCAUUGGGACAGGAUACUACUGACUGUAUAUACCCCAUGGCAUAUGCUGUUGUCAGGAAGGAGAACACAGAUGCUUGGAGAUGGUUUUUGAAAUAUCUCCAAGAAGACAUUAAAAUUGGUAAUGGAAGAGGUUGGACAUUGAUGACUGACCACCAAAAAGGACUUCACAAUGUGUGCGAAGAGUUAUUCCUAGAGGCAGAGCAUCGCUUUUGUGAUUUUCUUUGGCGUGCCACCAAGUCAACAACUGUUGCAGAAUUUAGACAGUGGAUGCAAAAAAUUAGUGAAGUCAGUGAAGAGGCACAUGGAUGGCUGUUAAAGAGACAUCUUCAAGAGUGGAGUAGAUCACACUUUCUAGAGCACUCCAAGUGUGACAUUCUACUGAACAAUAUUUGUGAGGUGUUCAACAAAACAUUGCUAGAAGACAGAGAGAAAAUGAUUCUAAAUAUGUUGAAAUCAGUGCAGAUGACAUUCAUGAAACGGAUACAAUAG